UCACUUCUCUCUUCUUCUUCUACGGAAGUAGGUUUGGCGCAUGCGCAAUCGCAUUCCGGAGACUUCGCAGCAGCAGAGAGGCCAAAACACACCAGAAACAUCCUGUCUAAAGCGGCACUACGUGACUACAGAAGUGUGUUUGUGAUCCACAGAGGGUUCUUCAUUUUUGGGCGGCCUGUCUAAGCCACAGCCAUGGUGUGCAUUCCCUGUAUUGUGAUUCCUGUCCUGUUGUGGGUCUACAAGAGGUUCCUGGAGCCUUUCCUCUAUCCCUUCAUCUCACCAAUUAUUAACACAUUCUGGACCAAAAAAGCGGUCCAGGAGACUGGCGCUAGUGACCAAAAAGUUAGCGAAAAGAGUAAUGGGACUUGCAAGCCUGAAAGCAACGGUGAGGCCAUUGCCAAUGGAUCCACUAUAGCAGCAGACAAGAAGACAGACUGACAGCUCUAAAUGUUUAUAAUGACUCUAAAACAGUGUAAAUAUUCCAUUAAUAUAAGAUAGAGAAACUAUGAAUUAACUUAUCAUUCUUAGAAAAUUGGUUUUUAAUAACCUUCCAUAUUGUGUGUAUAUUGUUUUAAUUUUUUCAUUUAUAUUACAGUAACUUUAAGAAAUUGGUUAUCGUUGAUAUAUUUUCCUUGUUUAUCAUGAAUUGAUACUUGCAUUUACUGUGUUGAAUAUUCACUCUCGAUGGAAUAGUUUUUCUAAGUCAAACUUGCAGUUUAAUGAAUGAAUAAAAGAAAACCUUCAAAUAAA